GCUUUGGGGUAUUUAGGAUGGGCAGUGGUUGCUAUGUGGAAUUACCUUCACGACCUCGUCUUCGUCUUCUUCUUUUUCGCCUUCUCACCUGAGGGUUGGUCGCAAUGAAGUUCCCUACAAUCGCUACUUUCUCCGCAUUAGCAUGCCUACAGUCUGUCUUCGCAACUCCCUUGCAUAGGAGACAAGACAAUCAGUCCGCGAUAUGGGACUUUGCACUGCUUACACCCUCCCCGGACCUCCAAUGGACACCCUGCUUCGAAGGCUUCACCUGCGCCAUGCUCGAAGUCCCACUCGACUAUGAAAAUGAAGCAGCCGGCACCACCGGCAUCGCUUUCAUGAAAUGGACCACCAACUCCACCAACAGUUCCUCCGCCCAGGACAUCCUCAUCAACCCCGGCGGCCCUGGUGCAAGCGGCGUCCAAUUGCUGCGUCAGAACGUGCCCUUGUUUCAGGAGGUGUUCGGAACGGACAAUAACAUCGUUGGGUUUGACCCAAGGGCCGUCAACAACUCUGGCCCCAGCGUGUCUUGCUUCCCUGGCCAGCACAACACGGCGGCCUUGUACGACCCUGACUUCAGAAAGCCAGUCGAUGCCAACGAUACAAAGAGUAUGGUGGAGACGUGGGCAAGAGCCGGCGCGUUCGGCGAGUGGUGCACUCAUGUCCACUCUGGCGCGAAUUCCAGCGCGAAGUACGUGAACACGCCGGCGACGGCGACGGAUAUGCUGCGGUACACGGAAGUGCUGGCGAAAUCUAAAGGAGAAGACCCGAGCAAAUCCCAGCUCUGGUACUACGGCGCAUCGUACGGCACAGUCCUCGGGUCCACCUUCGCAGCUCUCUUCCCCGACCGCGUAGGCCGCAUGAUCCUCGACGGCGUCGUAGACGGCGAAGACUACUACCAAGCCAAAUGGGAAGCCAACCUCCCCGACGCCGACGCCAUCAUCCGCUCCUUCUUCACCUUCUGCUACGACGCUGGCAAAGACCUGUGCCCCUUCUGGUCGGACUCCGCCUCAGCCAUCGAAGCACGCUUCGAUGCCAUCGUCGAGAACAUCAAGGCACACCCCAUGAUCGUCACAAACGCGUCGCACGUCGACUACCCCGUCAUCGUAACAUACACCGACUUCAAGCAGGUGCUGCUCGGCGUGCCAUAUAUCCCGUUGUACUACUUCCCCAUGAUGGCGGAGGCCUUGGUGGCGCUGGAGCAAGGCGACGCAUCCCUCGUCGCCGAAGCCGCGCGUGUAGGAACCCGAAAUGACCGGUGCAACACCGACGUCGAGCUCGGCGAUGUCGAGCCCCAGCUCUUCAUCGCCUGCAACGACGGCGCAGGGCGCUUCAACCUCUCCGACUACGACGCCUGGGAGGACCACGUCGCGCUUCUCGUCGCGCAGUCGCAGUACCUCGGCGAAGGCUGGGCUCCUGGCGUCUCGGUGAACUGCCGCUCGUUGGAUAUCCGGCCGCCGGAGUCGCAGCUGUUUACGGGUCCACCCAGCGCGGAUAACACUAGCACUCCUAUUUUGUUCGCCAGCAACACUCUCGAUCCCGUCACGCCGCACCGCGCGGCGGAGAAGAUGAGCAAGCUGUUUGGAGGCUCCGGGCUGAUUACGCAGGACGCGGUGGGGCAUUGCACGGUGGAUUCGCCGUCGCAGUGUGUUUUUGAGUAUAUGAGGCAGUAUAUUAAGGAUGGGUCGUUGCCGCCGGAGGGGACGGUGUGUCAGCCCGAUGAGGUGCCGUUUCAGAGCGAUAUGUUUGGUGGUUCGUCGAAGGCGAAGAGGGCGAAGAGGGCGCUGGGGAAGAGGCAUAUUUGGGAGAUUGAACGAUGGAUUUCUUAGGGAGCGGUAUUUCGCAGAUGUUUUUGGGGUAUGAGAGGGGCUUUCUUUCUUGCCGGCGAAGCAUAUAUGGUCGCGUGUAAUUGUAAUUUUAGCUUUGAAUUUCUUGAGCUGAGGAUUAGUGCCCUGGAGGGGUCUCGCACCUUGAUCUUUGCUUUGUGUCCUGGACGCGGUAUCGAAUAUGACGCACUGAAGGCC